GGAUACCUCAGGUACUUCCUCGUUCUGAUUGACUUCAUUGCAUAACAAACCUUCUUUCCUAAUACAUUUGAUCAUUACAAAGUAACCUACAUUUUUUUUUAUGUAUAUCAGUAUCAAUGCCCUUCUACUAUCGAUGACAAUCUUUCUUAUAAAAGUACAUGCUUGGCUACAUUUUCUCAGAAAAAAAAAUGUUAGUUUCCAUAGUUUUGCAUUAACAGGUGUCCGUAUAGCUUUUGCAAAGAAAGGAUUAACUCUUGCAUUCACUGCAAAACAUACAUUUUUAGAAACUUUUGUUAAUAGUUUUACUUUCCUGCACAAUGGCUUUCUCGGUGAGUAGAGGAAGACAAAAAGCUAUAUUAUUUCCACUUAAUUUUAAAAUCUAUUUGCGUCCAUUUUUUUUUUUUAACAACACUAUUUUGCGUCCAUUAUCCAUAGCAUUAGCAAGUUUAAAAGUUUAAGAUUAUAUUUUUUGGAUUAGGGGUCUUGUUUUUGUUUUGAAAACUACACUUUAAGUUCAGUAAAAAAAAAGAAACACUAUUGUUUUAUUUUCUUUUGUCGCCUUUUUGACUUUUGUUAAUCAUUUAAGUCUAAAUAGUUUUCCCGAUUUUAGACAUCCCUACCUAAUUAGAUCGUAUUACUACUAUACUGCCUAUUUAUAGCAAGAGCGAAUUUAUUCGCUUUUCUCCGAUAGCGACACUUUCCAUUUUGACUGAUUUUUCUUUUAUUGUGCUGCAUCUAUAAUACCCCCCAUUUUGUUUCGAUUUUGUUUAACUUUUUUUUGCUAGGACUGUUGUUGCUAUUAGAUCUGAUUUGAAACGGAAACGACAUAUUCAAAUUCAGUAUAAUUUAAUUAUUUAUAACCCCACUAGGUGAUUGAAAAAACUUUGAUUAAAACAAUCCACUGUAAGUAGCAAAAAAAACAUGUUAAAAAACAAAAUUAGGACCACACAGGAGUUACGUUAAAAGAGAUCGAAAAAGGGAAAGAUCAGACAAAAGAUCUUGGAUGACAGUACAAGAUGUAGUAAAAAUUAACUUCCUUUUUUAUUUUGUCUCGCAAGAUUCUCUGAUGAUAAAAGAAACAAUAAUAAAAAAAUAUAAUAAUAUCAUGAUACUAAUUUUAAUAUCAUGAUACUAAUUUUUUUAAACGAUUAUUGCGAAUCCACAUAAAAAUAACUGGAUCAACGGCAACCCAUCGUUUCUUCCCACCCGCGUAUUAUCCCGUCUUCUCAAAAAAAUUCCGAUUAGUUUUCCCGGAAACAAAAGAUCUCUUCUUUUUUUCCCGUGGAGACGAUUCAUGUGUUGUUGAAUAUUACUGGGCAUCUUGAAAAAUCUAAACUUUUUCGAUUUUUUUUUUUUGGGUUUUUCCUUACAAUCAAUUCAUUUUUGUUUCCUUAUCCAUUGGAUCCGGUUGGUGCUUUGUUUCUUUCAAUGGGAGCAUUAGAUGAAGGACGUUUAAAUCUAGAGCUCGAGACUGGAAUCAAAAACGGUUGCGUCGAGCUAGCUUUCGAGCACCAACCAGAGACUCUAGCCAUCCAAGACGCUGUCAAGCUUCUCCUCCAAGGUCUUCACGAAGAUGUCAACAGAGAAGGCAUCAAAAAGACUCCUUUCCGUGUCGCCAAGGCUCUUCGUGAAGGCACCAGAGGUUAUAAGUUAAAGGUGAAGGAGUUUGUACAGAGUGCUCUGUUUCCAGAAGCAGGGCUAGAUGAUGGAGUUGGACAAGCAGGAGGUGUUGGAGGACUCGUUGUUGUUCGAGAUUUAGAUCAUUACUCUUACUGUGAGUCUUGCUUGCUUCCUUUUCACGUGAGGUGUCACAUCGGUUACGUCCCAUCUGAGCAACGUGUUUUGGGACUUAGCAAGUUCUCAAGAGUCGCUGAUGUUUUCGCUAAACGGCUCCAAGAGCCUCAGCGUUUGGCUGAUGAUAUAUGCUCUGCUCUUCAGCACUGGGUCAAACCUUCUGGUGUUGCUGUUGUUCUCCAAUGCUCUCACAUUCACUUCCCUUGCUUGGAGGUAGAGUCUCUAAGCCACCAUGGGUUUGUGAAGGUCAUGGUUUCCUCUGGUUCAGGUGUUUUCGAGGAGGAAGGUUCGAGUCUUUGGGGUGAGUUCUUGAGUUUCUUGAAGUUCAGAGGCGUAAAGACACAAGCUUUGUGUGGUGGGUCUGUGAAAGAGUGGUGUCCGAGCGUUGUUAAAAGCUUUUCUGAAGAAGAAGACACUGAGAUGGUUUCUGCGGUUGUUUCGAUUCUCAAGUCAUUAGGAGAAGAUCCGUCAAGGGAAGGACUCAUUGCUACACCUUCUAGAUUCCUAAAGUGGAUGAUGAGGUUUGAAAACGUUAACCUCGAGAUGAAGCUUAAUGGCGUUAACGGUGUCAAGGUUAAAGAGAAGAAGGAGAAGAAGCUGCACUGUGAACUUAACUUACCGUUCUGGUCAAUGUGUGAGCAUCAUUUGCUUCCUUUCUAUGGUGUUGUUCACAUUGGGUAUUAUUGUAAUGAAGGAUACAACCACAAGUCGCUUAUGAAGUCUAUUGUGCACUUUUAUGGGUUCAAGCUUCAAGUGCAAGAGAGGAUGACUCGUCAGAUAGCUGAGACGCUAUCACCUCUUGUUGGUGGGGAUGUGAUUGUUGUAGCGGAAGCAGGGCAUACUUGUAUGAUCUCUAGAGGGAUUGAGAAGUUUGGAAGCAGCACUGCUACUAUUGCUGUUUUGGGUCAGUUUUCAAAUGAUUGUUCUGCAAGAGCUGAGUUUCUAGACAAGAUCCAUACAACGGCUGCCUUGAAGGAAGAUGCAAGCUCACCAUUUUGAGUGGGGUUUCUUGUUUGUUUGAUGUUAUGAGCACUUGGAAGUCUCAAAACUAAGGAAGCAAUUUGAUUUCUUGGUUAUUGAUUCUUCUUUCUAUCUAUCAUGUUGAGAUGUGUCAUUCUCUUUAUAAUAAUACAUCUUGUGAGCCAUUCAACGUACUAGUAUUGAAAUUGUUUUAGAAAACAGAUGAUUUGGAACGUUAUCAAGUUACCGAACAUUUUUAAAAAUAAUCUUAAUAAGACAAAUAUCGAAAUCGGC